AUGUCAGAAAUAAAAAACACCUCCUACACCCACCAAACCUACCAAUCCCACGCCUCCUUCGUCCCCCUCCUAACCUCAAAAAUCUCCUCCCUCCUCUCCCCCCUCCCCACAGACCGCAUCAUCGACCUCGGCGCCGGCGAUCUAAUCCUAACCUCCAAACUCUCCCACCACUGUCUCCAAAUCCUCGCCCUCGACGCCUCAAAAGACCUAAUAACCUCCGGCCAAUCCCUCUUCCCAAAAUCAACCCAUCCAAACCUUUCAUCUCGAAUCGUAGACUGUCGAUACCUUGAAAAAGAAGAUGAUGUGGUUGGCGGCAACUGGGAUAAAGUAUUUAGUAACGCUGCGUUACAUUGGAUUCUUAGGGAUCCGUCUACCAGAAAAAAUACUUUGAAAGCGGUGUAUGAUGCUUUAAAACCCUCCGAUGGGAAGUUUAUAGCGGAAAUGGGUGGAUUCGGAAAUAUCUCAGAAGUCCACGUAGCUAUAACCUCAGCACUUCAUAACCGCGGCAUCCCGCUCGAAAAGAUAAAAGCCGCGAAUCCAUGGUUUUUCCCAAGUGAAAAGCAUAUGAGAGAAUUACUCGAAGAAACGGGGUUUGAAGUCGAAAUGAUCGAGAGUGAGUAUAGACCUACUGAAUUAAGUUUUGAAGAUGGAGAUGGGGAAGGUGGGGUUAAGGCUUGGAUUCAGAUGUUUGGACAGAGGUUUUUGGAGUUGGUUGAGGAUGAGGCAGAACGGGCUGUUGUUGCUGGGGAGGCGAGGGAUUUGUUGGAGGGGGUGGCGAGGAGGGAGGAUGGGAGGUGGGUUGUUGGGUAUGUGAGGUUGAGGUGGGUUGCUGUGAAGAAGUAG